AUGCCUCCCUUCGCUGUUUUUCAGGGCGACCUUCAAGGCCGCGCACUUGCAAGGGGAGAGGACGGGUUGCGGGCGGCGCGCACGCAAGGGGAGGGCAAGCGUGGUGGGAUGACGCACGGCCGGCAGCUCACAGGCGUGUGGCUGCCCCCCACGCGCCGGGCCCUGCUAACCACCCGCGUGCUGCUGAGGGCGAGGAGGCGGUGCUGCUGGUGGAGGGAGGCGGUGCUGCUGGCUGAUCCUGGCGCUGCUGGAGUGCUGCUGGCUGAUCCUGGCGCUGCUGGAGUGCUGCUGGCUGAUCCUGGCGCUGCUGGAGUGCUGCUGGCUGAUCCUGGCGCUGCUGGAGUGCUGCUGGCUGAUCCUGGCGCUGCUGGAGUGCUGCUGGCUGAUCCUGGCGCUGCUGGAGUGCUGCUGGCUGAUCCUGGCGCUGCUGGAGUGCUGCUGGCUGAUCCUGGCGCUGCUGGAGUGCUGCUGGCUGAUCCUGGCGCUGCUGGAGUGCUGCUGGCUGAUCCUGGCGCUGCUGGAGUGCUGCUGGCUGAUCCUGGCGCUGCUGGAGUGCUGCUGGCUGAUCCUGGCGCUGCUGGAGUGCUGCUGGCUGAUCCUGGCGCUGCUGAGGUGGACGGGCAUUUUGCUGAGGUGGACGGGCGCGGUGGGAUGACGCACGGCCGGCAGCCACUGGCGUGGGGCUGCCUCUACCCGCCCUGCUGA